ACUGUUAUGCUCAACAUCUUAUACGCCCCUGAAGAUGUUAAAAUAGAUGGAGCAGAUAGAAGUGUGGUUGAGGGUGGUGCAAUCUCACUCAUGUGUACCAGUAAGAGCAACCCUGAACCAACAGACUACGAGUGGCUUGUUACCCAAAAGGGUUCCACCACGACCAAAACGGCACCAAAAUCGUUUCCCCUUGAAGCUGUCAAACGAGACACAUCAGUCUCCUGCACUGCCCGUAACUCCGCUGGAAGAGGUCAAUCAAAGCAAGUACUGCUGAAUGUCCACUUCCCUCCUACCAUCCUGGUGAACUCAACAUGCUCUGGGUCAGCUGGAGGUCUCCGGUGUGUGUGUCGAGUGGAAGCAGCGCCCAAAGCUAAUGUUUCCUGGACAGUUAAUGGGAGCAGCGCUCUUCUCCCACACUUCAGUACAAUGACUAAACAUGCUGGAGGGAUAACAGUGUCAGAGCUGACAGGACCACCGGCCAGCAAUGUGUCCUGUAAGGCGUCCAACAUCGUGGGGACAGACACUUACCAGAUGCCUAUCCAGCAUUCAGUGUCCGAAGUCCCCCCCUCCAUCCUGAUGAACUCAACAUGCUUUGUGUCAGCUGGAGGUGUCCAGUGCGUGUGUCGAGCAGAAGCAGAGCCCCAACCUAACAUCUUCUGGAUGGUUGAUGGGAGCAGCGCUGUCCACCCACACUUCAACACAACGACUACAUAUGCUGGAAGAAUAGCAGUGUCAGAGCUGACAGGACCGCCGGCCAGCAACGUGUCCUGUAAGGCGUCUAACGUUGUGGGGACAGACACUUACCAGAUGCCUAUCCUGCAUUCAGUGUCUGACGGUAGUGCCUUUCUAAAUGGUGUGUGAGUGAAAGAACACUAGACAGACCUUCAGUCAAACUGUGUUU